CGGAGCCACAGUGCCAGAACACACCACACCAUCCACACGAUCCAUCCAUCGAGUCCAGACUACCAGGCACAUCCGACUAGUAGCAGCCGUCUCUGUGUGCGUGCGUUGUUAGAGCACAUCGCUUCGUUCAGUUUCUUCAGCAGACCACGCGUACCGUCGCGUCCAAGAUGGAGUCGCAGGAUGGCGCCACCGUGACCACGCGCACAACCGUCACUACCAAAACGGUUGCAUCCACGGGUACCCCGAAACCCAUGUCACCGUUCGCCAAGUUCCGGCAGCUCGAUAAGCAGAACUCCGUCUCGUCGCAGUCGCCACCCAACUCCCCGAAAACACCUACUACUCCAACCACACCGUCUGCCGCGAUGAUGGGGCCCAUGUUUAAGUUUACCGAUCCGUCACUGAACCGUCGCGCCGCUACUGUUAAGGAUCAGUUGUUGCAGUGGUGCCAGAUGAAGACUAAGGAAUACGAGAACGUUAAGAUAGACAACUUCUCCACCAGCUGGUCAGAUGGAAUGGCAUUCUGUGCACUGAUUCACCAUUUCCUGCCAGAUGCUUUUGACUUUAGCAAACUAACACCGCAACAACGACGCCAUAAUUUUACACUCGCCUUCCGAGUGGCUGAUGAAAAAGCCGGGAUCGCGCCCCUGUUGGAUGUUGACGAUAUGGUUGCCAUGCGAAAGCCUGACUGGAAGUGUGUCUUCACUUACAUACAGUCGAUCUAUCGGCGAUUUAAAAAUGAGGACUAGUAGGACCGCUGGACCCCGACAGAGUGAAAGAGCGCGGGAGAGAGAUAGAGAAAGAGAAUGCUAGAGGAUGACAACAUUGCGGACCAUGACGAGCCCCACAAAACGCCGUUGUAAUGUAAAGUGUUUUUGUUUUUGUUUUUUUUUGUUUUCUUUUUAAAUCUGAAUCAGACCACUGUCAACACCGAUAAACGAAUGAAGAUUCCAUCUGAGUGGUCGAACGCCUCGAAGAGGUUUUUCCCCUUGCCCAACCAGGCCCGCGCGGUGGUCCGUUUGAGGCCCCCCCACCCCCCGUGCCCCCCCAGUUGUUGAUUUAUGUUUGUGAUGAGUUAAUUUGUAUGCGCGCCAUUUUUUACCACAUUAUUCGCGAACCCUUUUUGUCGUAUGUCGACACACUUCAUAUAUUUUAGUGCGACUGCCACUAUCUAUCUCGAGCGUUGCGACGUCGAUGUACACAGAGCCCAGGGGUCCACUUCUAUCGUAGCACGUGCUUCACCGGCAGUAGUAGCAGUAGACGGAGCGAAAAAUAUUCACCACCAGUACAAACCGAUCACAUCCAUCAGAACCUUAGCUUAUUUUUUUCUUCCAUCGAGUAGAAAAAAACUAAUGAUUGGUUGGUUGGAUCGGUUGUUUCGGGUAGCGGGGGCGAUCGUUCUUCGCGUGCGCGUACCGGCGUGUGCACUUACUCAAGAGCAUAAGUACACGGCAGGCGGGGAAGCGAAUAUCAUCCCAUGGUCCGCCGUGCUACGCCCAAGAGCCCGCCCAUUCAGGCCUGAAGCUACUACUAAGCUGCCGCUUGAAGUGUGCCAUCGCUUGCAAUUUAUCCCUUACUAUACUACCACGCUGAGGCGACGAGGACGAAAAGUACGGAUUUCAUAAAUAAUCAUCGCUUAGGACACUCCCGCGAUUGGGAGAGAUAUUCUACAGAGCAAGAGAGUGAACACAGGUGAGAGAGAAACAGUAAAUGAUAUGAUCCUUUGAUGUAAGUGGUCUCAAAGCAAGCGAAUGGAAAUAACGGUGAAGCGGAGAGAGAGACAGAGAGAGAAAGAGAGAGAGAGAGAGAAAGAAAGAGAGAGAGAGAGAGAGAAAGAAAGAGAGAGAGAGAGAGAGAGAGAGAGAUAUGGCCUGAGGUGAUACAAACAAGAAACGAAGGACCGAAGGCGACAACGGGCGAGCCCAAACAAAUGCAGGAACCACACCAGCUCGCAGCAUCGUACACUUGUGGCCGAACCGAACAUACUCCACCGGCUGAAUCCUGUGUGUGGCUGUGUGUGCUGAGCUGUUCUGGGCAGUUAGAUACCGGAUCGGUGAUCCGGAUUGGUGACCGAACGAUUUGAAUCUUUACUGAAUUCACCUAUUUGAAUAAUAGCUCCCUAUGCUGAUCGUAACCGGAACCUGAGAGCGAGAGCGAAAGAGAAAGAUGAAGAGAAGGAGAGAAAAAGAUAGAGAGAGAAAGAGAGAGAAAAAGAGAGAAAGAGAGAGAGAGAGAGGGAGAGAGAGAGAGAGAGAAAGUGAUACCGGGACCGGUUUUUGCCGGUGCAUCAGGCAACAAAAUAAUUUAUUCGAGUCACUCCUUAUACGAGACAAAACUAAUAAGAAGAAAGUGCAUCCUGGAGGCUGGCCUGGUCCGGUCCAAUCAAUCAUCUUUUUUGUACUACUUUUUAUACAUUGUUUUAUGUUUUUUUUUAAAUAUUAUUAUUACACUAUCAACGAUCUAUUAUCAAUUACUGCGCUGUUGCUUACUUACUUGCCUCGUACAGUUAAUAAUAUAUAACCGCAAGAGCGCAUUCAGGCAUUGCGGCACAGGGCGGCGAUGUUCAGUUUUUUAGACUAUAUAAACGUUCAGCUUUUACGCGUGUAACCGCCGAGCCCUUCUGUAGCCCUCAGCAAUCCGUACUCUCUACCGGAAAGGGAACUAUGUACCACGCUGCUUGUUCCGCGACGGAAGAUCUAUCUGGGUAGCGAAAACAGAGGAAAAGCACCCGCCUACACACUGACGUACUUUACGAAAGUUAAAGAAAUAUAAACUAAAUUUAG